UGCCACUCAAAUCCUUUUCCAUGAUAAAAAAAUCUGAUAAAAUAAAAGGACUAUGGAAUUUUAAGAGAUAAUGAUUCAUCGACGUAGAGAGGAACUCAGUUCCUCUUUCCAAUAUUCUUUGUGUAAACAGUACUCCUUUUGUUUUCUGGGAAACACAAUCAAUUCCUCCAUUACUCUCUCUCUCUCUCUCUCUCUCUCUCUCUCUCUCUCUCUCAGUACUGAAUAAAAAGUCUGUGAUGCUUCUUCUGUAUCCUUAAAUACAUAUCUUCCACUUUUAACUCACUUUUCUUGAUAGCUUCAUCCCCAAAAAUUCUGUCUACUCACUGCUUUUUUCCUCCGUGUUUUAUGAAUCUGACUAGUUUUGGUAGCUUCUGCAACUCCCUUCGAGUCUCUGUUCAACUACUUUCAGUUCUCUAUUCAAACCCUAGACCUAUUCUACUAGAUAGGUAUCUUUCUCUAGAUAUGCUAGAAAAAACAAUGCAUAUAAUAAAGUAGUCAUGAUUUGAUAAUCACAGCUUAUUCCUCUACUUUUUGCUCUCCUCCAUUUCUCUCAUUUAAUAGCUUCAACUUUAUCGAUUUGUCUCAGUUCCUACUCUAAUUUUUAGUGUUCUUAAUUUGAUUUACACUAAUCUUUGUGUAUCCUUACAUAAUGUUGUUUAGCACAAACCAAAUGAGAAGCACAGAUUCCACCAUGCCUGAUCUUUCUUUGCAGAUCAGUCCUCCAUCAAUAUCUAACUGUGGAUCCAAGAAUGAUCCUGGUCUGAUAAAAAAGCCUGGCUUCAAUACUAAGCGGAGCUCUACUAUUGAUUCAGCCAGCAGUGGAAGUGAUUUGACGCAUGACAAUGGUAUCUUUCACCCAGAAAAGAAUUUUAGUCAUCCAUCUGUUGAACCCAGAUUGAGUUUUGGAUUUGAAACGGCAGGGUUGAAUCCUGUUCCGGUUCAUAUACCAAGGCAAUUUCAACAUUUUCAGACUCAUUUAUAUGGGAUGAGGGAGUUUAAAAGAAGUUCGAGAAUGAUUAAUGGAGUUAGAAGAAGUGUCAGAGCUCCUAGAAUGAGAUGGACUUCAACUCUUCACGCUCAUUUCGUUCACGCAGUUCAGCUCCUUGGCGGCCAUGAAAGAGCAACACCAAAAUCAGUACUUGAGUUGAUGAAUGUGAAGGAUCUAACCCUAGCUCAUGUGAAGAGUCACUUGCAGAUGUAUAGAACAGUGAAGAGCACUGGUAAAGGAACAGGCGAAGUACAGACAGAUAUGGGACUGAAACAGUGGUCGAAUGGGAUAGAAGUUGAAGGCCUAUCUCGUGAAAAGGCUGAUAUUAUCAAAAGUGCUGAGAAGUGAGUGCAUUUUCUGCAGCUUCAUGUCUCUAUUUGUCAAACUGUGCAUGCACUCCAUCUUCCAUCAUCACAAAUUGGAAAAAGUCUUGAGGAAAAAUUUGAUAAAUUCAUUUCACAUUAUUAUAGAUGACGUAUUCAUUUUUUAUGUGAGGCAUGCUUAGUGUACAGGGAAAAUAUGUACAUGGGAAAUAGGAGGUGGCUUCUUUUCACCGAGACUUGGCGGAAUAAGAUAAAAAGAAAGGCAACCAUACAAGCGCUACCAACGUACAAAGGGAUUUGCCCUUUUAUGUAUCAAUAUGUUUAUUAAUUCGUUCCAAAUAGAAAUAGAAGAAAAUGAUAAAAAAAAAUUCUUUAUAUUGAAUAGUACCGUCUGAAAUCCUAAACAUUUCACAUAUAAUGCUAAAAAAAAUGAAAACUAAUAUUCAUUUAUUGGAAAACAAAAAAGUCAAAAGAUGUGUAGUAUAUAAUUCUUAAUUUUAAAAUGUCUAAUUAACAGUCUGUUUGAAGAUAAUAAUCUGAAGGCCCUUAAAAAAGUCAAAUAGUAGGCUCAAAUCUCAACAAUGCUUGAUUAGGGUGCCAUUUGGUGUAAUGUAGGGGUCCCUAUCCUAUCGAAUAUCAGUAGACGUUGGCUGGUUCUGUUGACUUCAUUCGUGGACGGCUAAGGAUUAUACCAUCGAGAACAGAAACAUCGAAAACUACCAAUAGCUAAAAGUUUCUUAUUUUAAACCAACAAUAUUUGUUAAACUUAGAAGAUUUAUUUAUUUAUUAUUAUUUUUUUUAAAUCAUGAUAUGUGACAUGUUUUAUUAAUAAUGGAGAAAAUAAUAGUAUAAGCAUAAGCUAGAAGAAUAUACUUUGCAUAUAUGCCUAAACCAUGGCGAUCUAAAGAAGCAGUAAUGUCUACAAUAGAAAAGUGUUUGGUAUAGAUACAUGGAUGUGGAUAUAAUUUUCAUCAAUAGAGACGAUGAUGAAACUUGAAUUUAGAAUUUUUGCUUAUAUAUUGUCUUGUUAAAGCAUUCUAUUGAUACGAAUUUAAAGGAUAAGUUUUUUACUUGUUAUGCUUUAUGUGCUUUCAAUGCAUCAAAAUAUAGUACUGGCAUAUUACCCUUUAGAUUUGUUGUAAUUUGUUCGGUCAACUUAUAAGGUAGGGAUCAAUAUCAAAUCCCUUACAUGAGUACAAGGGGAGUCUUCUAAAAAAUAAAUAAAUUAGUAAAUCACGUCCAAAUGCCCAUAUAAUUUUCGAUCUAUUUCAUUCAGAGUUAUC